AUCUUUAUUAUAUCUAGGGUCUUAGGGUCACUAAACACCACAAUGGACUUCCCACUUUGUGAAUUGCACAAUUUGCUCAUAUUAAAUUUUUGUGUUGCCUUCUUCAUGUGCAGCAGCACGGAAUAACUAAAGACAGCGAAGGAUUUUCAUUUCAAUGACGACUACCUUUACCUGGUCCUUUUUUUCCUUGGUGAAGGAAAGAUUCCUUGCAUGAUGAGUUACACCAUAUGGUACUUAUCAAGACUCCAUGGGUCUACGAAUCUAGCCAUACAACAGGACAGAAAAUACAUAGUAUUCCCGUUACAUACUUGAAGUAAAGUACAGAAAGUUACAGUAUUUAUAACUCAACCAAAAAUGACCUAGAGAAUCAUUAAGAGAGUUUAAAAAUAUAUAUAUAUCCCUGUAAAUUUACAUCAUGUGAAAUUCAAAAGAAUGGUGAAAAAAUAUUUGUGUGGAAAAGAUAACGAUAGUGUAAUUGAUCAACAGGCUAGUAUACAAUAAAUUUAACUGUAACGCAAUUCCAUCUUUAAAACCAGGCUGAUCUGAGUUUCCUUCCCCAAUAAUUGAAGGCCUGAGGGAUAUUUUUUUCAUUUCUCAUACUCGGAAAGUAAUGUUAUUUUGAUCUGCUUAUUGGGUGGAAAAUGCUGCUUCCCCCCAUAGGGAGGGAAAAACUCAUACAAAUUACUUCCCACCUAAGGGCCGGAAUGAACUUUAAAAAUAGAACUGCUGUCAGCUGUGAAAAGUUUUAUGUAAAAAACAGCCAGUAUGAACUUAGCGCAAACUUCUUUGAGCGGAAUAAGCCGCAACAAUUACGCGGUGUGGGUAAAUUCGAAUGUACCACAUGUAAGAGAAAGUUCAAAGAUGGCUCCAACUUGAAUAGACACGAGCUAACACAUACCAAAGAUAAAUCAUUCAUUUGUGUUGGUUGUCAAAAUAGAUUUGCACAGUCAGGUUCACUGCAACGACAUCAAAAGAAAUGCAGAGCUUAUCUAAAUCUAAACAUAAUUGAAGACAAGUCUAUAAGGAAGAACUAUUGCCGCGUUUGUGGUAUGGUGUUCAAGUAUAAAAGUGCUUUGCUGGAACACUGUGUCAGGCAACAUUCAAAUUCAAAUAAUAGUGACAAUGAGCAAAACACAAUAAAUGUUGACACAAACAGAAUGGUAGACAAUAUAGUUGAUGACAUACUCUCAGCUGAGGAUGACUACAUGACAAUGUCCACAUCUCAAGAUCUCAUGAGUUUCUCAAGUGUACAGACUCAGAACUAUACUGCGCCUGGCUACGAGAGUUUAAUGCAAGUUGAAUUACUCAAAGAGAUGAAUCAACUGCACUCUCUAGAUGAUGAGCUUCUAUAUAAUGAUUUGUACUUUGAUGGUCUACAAAGUAAUCAGACAUUCAAUAUGAAUACAAAUGAUAUUGAUUAUAGUACAGAUAAUACAGAGUUAUUCGAAUAUGUGAAUGAAAACAAAAAUAUUGAUCAGGAUUUUCUAAACACUCUGAGCUACACAAAAGAUAGUAUGCAGGAUGAAUUGCUAAAUUUAAAUAGCACUGAUAGAAACCAACCAUUGACAUUAACUGAAGAUUGUGCUACUAUAUUUGAAAGUGAUGUCGAUUUAGAAGUAAGUACGAAUCUUGCAGCAAACUUAAACCAACUGAUUGGUGAAAACAGUGUGCAAUAUAUAUCUACUGAAGAUGAUGACACAUUUAUAAUAAGCCUGAAUAGUGAAAUUGAUGCCGCUAGACUAACAGAUAUGUUGAACAAGGUUGAAGUAGUGAAUAAGAUUGAUGAGUCAGAGUAUAUGCCUGAAGUAAGCGACAAGAGUCAUCUUCUUGAAUAUAUAGUGCCAUUUAUUAAGCCGACAGAUAAGUGUGAGAAAACCGAAGUUGAGAAAAAAGUUAAGACGAAACCGCUUUACUUCUGCAACACUUGUGGUAAAAUAUUCAAGAAAAAGGAUAAUUUUAAAUCUCAUUUAGCCACGCACGACGCGUCACUCCGGCGGCACGGCUGCCCGGUGUGCGGGCGCCGCUUCGGGUACCGCUCGUCACUCAACAAGCACGUGGCGGCCGCCCACGAGCCUCGCACGCGGCCCGACCACGCCUGCUCCGUGCAGCGCUGCGACAAGCACUACCCCACCGCCUGGCAGUUAAAGAAUCAUAUCAAGAGAGACCACGAGAUGGCGCUUAAGUGGGUGUGCGAGCGGGACGGCUGCGGGAAGAAGUUUUACAAGAAGAGCGAUCUAGUCGUGCACACCAGGUACCACACGGGCGAGCGGCCGUACCAGUGCGAGUCGUGCCAGGUAACGUUCGGGCAAGUGUCGCACCUCAGACGGCACCGCAAACGCCUCCGGUGCGCCAAGUACCACAGGGGCGAUCGGCCGUACCAGUGCGAGUCGUGCCGGCAAACGUUCCGGCGAGUGUCCCAUCUCAGAGAGCACCGCGAACAGCUCCGUUGCGCCAAAUCGGGUGGUUGUCGAAAAAAUGAUUCACUGUUGCAGAAGCCGAAGAAAGAAAUUGUGACGACUUGAAGUAAAGAAACUGGGCGGCUGGCUGGCUUGCAGUAAAUAGAGCACGGCAAUACUUCAAGCCGGCCUACAUUCUAGGGCUGUACAAAGCGCAGGUCCGGCCACACAUGGAGUAUUGCUGUCAUCUCUGGUUUGGUGCACCCCAGUAUCAGCUCGAUCCAUUUGACCGCGUGCAACGCAGAGCAGCUCGAAUUGUCGGGGACUCAGUGCUCUGUGAACGGCUGGAUCACUUGGCGUUGCGUAGAGACGUCGCUUCAUUGUGUGUCUUCUAUCGCAUUUAUCACGGGGAGUGUUCCGAUGAGUUGUUUUACCUGAUUCCUGCCGCCGAAUUCCACCUUCGCACGACACGCCACAAGUUAGGAUAUCAUACCCACCAUCUGGACGUGUGGCGGUCCUCCACAGUGCGGUUUUCAAAGAGCUUUCUUCCAUGUACUAUAAAGUUGUGGAAUGAACUUCCUUGUGCGGUGUUUCCGGGACGAUAAGACAUGGGUACCUUCAAAAAAAGCGUGUACACUUUCCUUCAAGGCCGGUCGCUCCUGUGAUCCCUCUGGUGUUGCAAGAGAAUGUGGGCGGCGGUGAUCACUUAACACCAGGUGACCCGUAGGCUCGUUUGUCCUCCUUUUCCAUAAAAAAGAAAAAAAAAAGAAAGCAAAACAAAAAUCUAGUUUUACUUUAUACAUUGAACUCCGACUCUGUUAUUAUUAUUAGGAGAAUUUAACUUUUUAUUUAGUGUUCUUAUGUACAGUAAUUUUGUAAGUUCUUUUUAUAAUUAAUCUGGUUUAAUAAAUAGUUAUUAUUAUCAUGA